AUGCACACGUUCUCGCUUGUCGCUGCUCUAGUAGCUUCUACUUCGGCCGCCCAAAUCCGUCUCUACCCAAAUUCCUUCGGCUGUUCGGAAAACACAGUCCUCAUAUGCCGUAACGUUGGCAACACUUGUUGCGGCCAGGCAACCAGGAACUUCUCUUCUGGUGUCUUGUUGAAUGGCCGUAGCAAUCAACGUGGACUUUACUGGGUCCGGGGGGCUGGGGCUAAUAAUCUGUGUGGAAGCUUCCUCGGAGCGGCUGGCAAUGGCGUCUGUUAUACCCAGGGGGAGAGAGGAGGCAUUACGGGCGGAAGAGUCGGAACCGCACAGCUUAGAGCACGUCGCAAUGUCGAAGAGCUUGAAGACACUGCCGAUUCCGCCUGCGAGAUGGUUCUCCCCGAUGUGCUCAUGGUCGACGGGCAGGGCUUCUACAUCAACCACCAUGUGCCCGAGACCGUUAGUAACGCCAUGAUGGAGAAAGUCGAUGCCGGCACCUCAGCGGCUGAAUUGAUGGUGGAAUUCGCUGAGUACUCUUUCUCUGGGGAGGAGAAUGCUGCGCUUCUCUAG